ACGUCUAUCUUCUGUCUAAACUAACCGUACAUGGAAUAUCUCACUGUCUUUUCGCAGGCAGACCGAGCAGUGCACUGGAGCUGCCAUGGCUGGGUUAGAUGCUAAAGAGCUUCCCAAGAUACCUGAAGAGGACGUGGAAGCACUGCAGGCUGCUCUUGGGACAGGAAACCUCAUCGAAGCAGCUGCUAAAGCGAAAGAGACUCUGGAGAUGGCUGAUAAAAUCACUCUGGACAUCGCUGUCACGGGGGAGUCAGGCUCUGGAAAAUCAUCCUUUGUCAACGCCAUCCGGGGCCUGGGGGAUACAGAUGAAGGUGCUGCUGCGACAGGUGUCAUUGAAACGACAAUGGAUCCCACUGCUUACCCACAUCCUAGAUACCCAAAUGUAAGAGUCUGGGAUCUGCCAGGGAUCGAUACCCCAACAUUUAAACCAGACACGUACCUUGAGCAGGUGAAGUUCAGCGACUACGACUUUUUCAUCAUCAUCUCCAGCAACCACUUCAAAUACCACGAUAUUGAACUUGCCCAGGAGAUCCAGAAACUGGGGAAGAAGUUUUACUUUGUGCGCUCCAAGGUGGACCAGGAUUUGGCAAAUGAGAAAAAACUAUAUGAAGAGGGAAUCCUGAAGAAGAGGAAUGCUCCUGCGGAAAGGCCACGUCAGCAAAGGGAGCGUGCGAUCCUCGAUGCCAUCAGAGAGAAGUGCAUCAAAGGCGUGGAAGCAGCAAAGGUGGCCUCCCCACGGGUUUUUCUUGUCUCUAGAUGGGACUUGGGCAAGUACGAUUUUCCCACAUUGCAAAAAACGCUUGUGGAUGAGCUCUCCAGUCACAAGAGACUCGCUCUUCUACGAUCCCUGUCCCAUGUUUCGAAAGAAACCGUGGAGAAGAAAAAAGAACAACUGCAAACGCAGAUAUGGCUGAAAAGUCUGCCGUCAUGUGGAGUCACUGCCAUUCCUCUCCCGGGUCUCUCCAUUGCUUGUGAUGUUGCCGUGCUGGUGACGUCCCUGAAAGGGUUCUGCAGGGACUUUGGCCUUGAUGAAAAGUCUCUCGCUGCACUCGCUAGACGGGCUAACAAGCCCAUUGCAGAGCUGAAGGCCAUUAUACAGUCCCCACUGAGUGAGGCAAUAACACAAGAUCUUGUAAUUACGCUACUGACCAAGUGCGCAGCUGGGGCAGUGCAAUAUUCAACAACUUUAUUAAAAUUUAUACCUGUGAUAGGGUCUGUGGUAGGUUCCGUGGUAUCGGCAGCAGUUCCUCUCCCUACUACAUACUUCAUGCUGCAGAAUUUGCUGGAUGAUGCUGUUGCUGACGCUCUACAAGUUCUGGAGGAGGUUAUGGAGGGAGACGUUUCAAAGUGAGAGGAAACAGCAUGAAAACAUCCGCAGCCCCUGGAAGGAAGAAACGUCAGGACGUGGCUGAAAGGAUCCAAGUAAAGACCCUGUCCCUGCUGGAGCUCGGAGCUCAAUGCUCUGGGAAGUCUCAUGAAAAUGCUGCCUUUCUCCUUCGGGGGGAAACUUCACCAUAACUGAGCUCUGAGCCCCAUUUCCACUGAGCUCCCCCACCCACCCUAAAAAUGAUGACAUAUUGAAUUUAAUUCAGCCAUAAAGGGGUCGGGGGGAUCCUGACUGACACUGUUCUUUGUGUUUUCUUUAUUUCACCAGUGAAAGAGGCCAAGUUGUAAUAAAGCUCCCCAGGGUCCCCAGUGCUUUACGCUCUCUGCAGGGGAGCUCAGGGAAUGGUUAUUUCAGGCCCCUAGCCAAGAGCAGGGCUAUGGCAGAGCCCAUCUAACUCUUCACUAGGAAACAACAGGGAGCGACACCAACAAUUACUCGUUCUAGCCACAGAUUUUCCACUUCUUGGUUCCCGUUGCCCUGAAAUUGCAGCCUUGGCAGGCGCCACGUUAAGCAUGUGGGUAAAUUCACUCAGAGACAAUCGUAAAAACCCUAAAUCCUGACUUGACUUGGGUGCCGACCCCCCGGUGCCAACUCCUCCCUCGUCACUGCAGGGCCCAGGGCAAAUGAAACAGGCUUUUGACCACAGAUGCUUUUGCACUUUCUCCCAGGCUGAACCCUGUCUGGGGAGGAGCUGCCUGUAACCUCCCAUAGAGCCCCCGGACUGACCUGCAAACGCCUCCUUCAGCCUCACCCCUGCCAUGGACCCUCAAGGAUCACUCGACAAUGGCCUGCGGCUGGAGCUCUGGGAGCGCUGCCCCUUGCGUUAUCCCAACCCUCUCCUUGCUCCCUUGUGCUCCCCUGUCAGCCUGGAGCACCCGCCUGCUGGGUCUAGUCUUAGAUUGUCAGAUCUCCGGGGCAGGGCCCAUCCUUUUGUUCUGUGUCUGUACAGCACCUAGCGCAACAGGGCCAUCACCCCCAGCAGGGGUCCUAGGUUCUCCUUUGAGACAAGAAUAGAUUAAGAAAUGCUUAGACUGAUCCUUGUAAUUCUGUCUCUAUGCUCAUAGGUUUAACCAGCCCCUUAUGCAAAGGUAGAUUUGUCCAGGGAAGCACCUGUGUCUGGCUGAGCUAGUAAUCCUGAAAAUGACCCUAUAUUUAAAUGGAGAAGUGUCUGGCUGAUAAACCCAUAUUGGAUGCUUGAUAAUUACCUAGCUGAGUGGCAGCUGUCACUUAUACUCUGGGCUGUGCUCCCGUUCACGGCUGGGGAGUUUGUGUGGAGAGAGGCUUUCGUGUUUAAUGCUGAGUUUAUGGACAUCUAUUGCUCCUUGAUUUGCUUUCUCAAUGUGAGCCGAUUAUGUAGCUUAUUAUAAGAGCCGAUGAUUGAACAAUUCAUUUGAGCAACUGGAGACUCCGAUACAUUGCAGCUGGUUUGGCCACUUGUAUGGCCAGUGCGUCAGCCUCUGCCUUCCCUCAAUAACCCAUUCAUUUGUUGCUUUUGUUUUCAUAAUGAUUAGCGGUCCGGUUCUGCUCCCCUUUCACCCCCCCAGAACGGGCCGCUCUUGUCUUGUAGAAAUGAUUUAAUAUUUCAAUGAUAAUGAACUUGCAUUUAACCUGGA